AUGGUCAUCCUCUACACCAACCAGAGAGUACCCAGCAGUACUCCAACCAGACAGUACCCAGCAGUACUCCAACCAGAGAGUACCCAGCAUUACUCCAACCAGAGAGUACCCAGCAGUACUCCAACCAGAGAGUACCCAGCAGCAGUACUCCAACCAGAGAGUAUCCAGCAGUACUCCAACCAGAGAGAACCCAGCAGUACUCCAACCAGAGAGUACCCAGCAGUACUCCAACCAGAGAGUAUCCAGCAGUACUCCAACCAGAGAGUAUCCAGUAGUACUCCAACUAGAGAGUACCCAGCAGUACUCCAACCAGAGAGAACCAGGGUCCCAGCAGUACUCCAACCAGAGAGUACCCAGCAGUACUCCAACCAGAGAGAACCAGGGUCCCAGCAGUACUCCAACCAGAGAGUACCCAACAGUACUCCAACCAGAGAGAACCAGGGUCCCAGCAGUACUCCAACCAGAGAGUACCCAGCAGUACUCCAACCAGAGAGAACCCGGGUCCCAGCAGUACUCCAACCAGAGAGUACCCGGAUCCCAGCAGUACUCCAACCAGAGAGUACCCAGCAGUACUCCAACCAGAGAGUACCCAGUAGUACUCCAACCAGAGAGUACCCAGCAGUACUCCAACCAGAGAGUACCCAGCAGUACUCCAACCAGAGAGAACCCGGGUCCCAGCAGUACUCCAACCAGAGUGUACCCGGAUCCCAGCAGUACUCUGACCAGAGAGUACCCAGCAGUACUCCAACCAGAGAGUACCCGGAUCCUAGCAGUACUCCAACCAGAGAGUACUCAGCAGUAGUCCAACCAGAGAGAACCCGGAUCCCAGCAGUACUCCAACCAGAGAGAACCCGGAUCCCAGCAGUACUCCAACCAGAGAGUACCCGGAUCCCAGCAGUACUCCAACCAGAGAGUACUCAGCAGUACUCCAACCAGAGAGAACCCGGAUCCCAGCAGUACUCCAACCAGAGAGAACCCGGAUCCCAGCAGUACUCCAACCAGAGAGAACCCGGAUCCCAGCAGUAUUCCAACCAGAGAGAACCCGGGUCCCAGCAGUACUCCAACCAGAGAGUACCCGGAUCCCAGCAGUAG